AUGUAUAUGUGGCUCAAACUUUUGGCGUUUGGUUUUGCCUUUCUGGACAUGGACCUGCUUGUUACAGGUAAAUCCAGGGCUUCCAUUGAUAUAACAGGAUUGACCACAACAGGACAGCCCAGUGGUCUGUCUCCAAGUGACCCCUUACCUGCUGGCACCACUGCAUUCUCACCCACAAGCAUCUCUGAACGAGCGCAUGACUCCUCAGAGACCACAUCUCCUCUGGGUCCAAGCAAUAUUCCAAAUAGUACUAGUGCUCUUGGCAUAACAGGUGUUACCUCAGCACAGACGCCUCACCUUCUCACGCAUGGAAACUCGCAGGCGCCCUCUGCCGAAUCUGACAAUCACACACCCAGCAGCAAGGCUGCCCUUACUGCACUCACCCCUGCUCCUGGCAGGAAUGAUACAGCAGGUGUCAGAAGAGAGGAGGAGAGCACAUUCACCACCUUUCCCACAGACAAGGCUUUCACCUCUGUAACCCCCCACAGCCCUGCACACAGCAGCCAGGCUGCUGCCUUACCUGCACGCAUCUCCAACAUCACCACUCAAGAUCACUCCUCAGCUACUACUCAGGCACAGCCAUCAUGUGAUGAAAAAUAUGCAUCAAUCUCUGUGGAAUACGAAUAUAGCAACACAAGCAACUCAUACAGGGCAAAGCUAAUUACUCCAGACCCAGUGAAGUGUGACCCUAGUUGUGAAAACCUAAAGGGAUGUAAACCUACAUCUGUUUCUAUAUCCCAUGAUUCAUGUGUUCCUCCACUUAAAAAUUUAACAUUAGAUGUACCACCAGAACGUGACGUUUUUCAAUUAAAAGACUGUACAAAGGCUGAAGAAGCAAAUACUUCUAUUUGUUUAAUUUGGGCAACAGCUGUUUCCUUCGCCUGUGAGGGAAAUAUUACCUACAAAAUUACAUGUGGUAAUUCAUCAUCUAAUAGUAUUAUUAAUAGUAGUAUUACAAUAUCACAUCUUGCCUAUGCAACAACUUAUAAUUGUCAUUCAGAAUUAUUUUAUAAUCAACAAAAAUUUAUUGAUGAAAUAAAAUCUGUCACAACAGAUCCUACAGUUCCAGGAAAACCUGGGAAUCUUACUUGUCGAAAUGAAUCAAGUACAGAUCAAGAAGAAAUUACCUGGACACCCCCUCAAACUUCUUUUCAUAAUUUUUAUUUUUGUUAUUCAAAUGAUUCAGACUAUUGUGAGAAUCUGGGACCAAAUCAAAACAGUUAUAUUUUGAAGAAUCUGAAACCUUAUACAUUAUAUCGUAUAUCAUUAUUUGCCUAUACCAAAGGACGAAUGCAACGUAAUGGGUCUUCUGAGUCAUGUACGUUUCUAACAGAAAUGAAAAAGCCAAGUGAGGUCAAGGACAUAUCUGUCCUCCUGGAAUCAGAUAAUAGUGUGACUGUGAAAUGUAACCCUCCUGAUGACCGUCAUGGCCCUGAGUCAAGAUACUACCUGAAUGUAACAAGUGCAGUAAGCAGAAGUACUACAUAUAAUAAUACUAUAUGCUCAUUCUUCAUAAAAAAUCUUCACUAUUCAACAGAAUAUGUGUUUAAGGUCUAUUUUUACAAUGGAAAAUAUUAUGGACCUGAAACUAUAGCAACCAAGUCAACAUCUUAUAAUUCUAAAGCACUGAUUAUAUUUCUGGCAUUUCUGAUUAUUGUGACAUCAAUAGCCCUGCUUAUUGUUCUCUACAAAAUCUAUGACCUGCAUAAGAAAAGAUCCUGCAAUUUAGAUGAACAACAGGAACUUGUUGAAAGGGAUGAUGAAAAACAAUUGAUGAAUGUGGAGCCAAUCCAUGCAGACGUUUUGUUGGAAUCAUAUAAGAGAAAGAUUGCUGAUGAAGGGAGACUAUUUCUGGCUGAAUUUCAGAGCAUACCACGGGUGUUCAGCAAAUUUUCUAUUAAGGAUGCUCGAAAGUCCUUUAACCAGAAUAAAAACCGUUAUGUUGACAUCCUUCCUUAUGAUUAUAACCGUGUUGAACUCUCUGAGAUAAAUGGAGAUGCAGGGUCAAACUAUAUAAAUGCCAGCUACAUUGAUGGUUUCAAAGAACCCAGGAAAUACAUUGCUGCACAAGGACCCAGAGAUGAAACUGUUGACGACUUCUGGAGGAUGAUUUGGGAACAAAAAGCCACAGUUAUUGUGAUGGUCACUCGGUGUGAAGAAGGAAACAGGAACAAGUGUGCAGAAUACUGGCCAUCAAUGGAACAGGGUACCAAGACUUUUGGAGAUGUGGUUGUAAAGAUCAACGAGCACAAAAGAUGCCCAGAUUAUAUUAUUCAGAAGUUGAACGUUACAAAUAAAAAAGAGAAAACAACUGGCAGAGAAGUGACUCACAUUCAGUUCACCAGUUGGCCAGAUCAUGGGGUUCCUGAAGAUCCUCACCUGCUCCUCAAGCUGCGACGAAGAGUAAACGCUUUCAGCAACUUCUUCAGUGGCCCCAUUGUUGUGCACUGCAGUGCUGGUGUUGGGCGGACAGGCACCUAUAUUGGAAUUGACGCCAUGCUAGAGGGCCUGGAGGCAGAAAACAAAGUGGAUAUUUAUGGCUAUGUAGUCAAGCUACGGCGACAGAGGUGUCUGAUGGUUCAAGUGGAGGCACAGUACAUCUUGAUCCAUCAGGCCUUGGUGGAGUAUAAUCAGUUUGGGGAAACAGAAGUGAGCUUGUCUGAAUUACACCCAUAUCUAUACAACAUGAAGAAAAGAGAUCCCCCCAGUGAGCCAUCUCCACUAGAGGCUGAAUUCCAGAGACUUCCUUCAUAUAGGAGUUGGAGGACACAGCACAUUGGAAAUCAAGAAGAAAAUAAAAGUAAAAACAGGAAUUCUGAUGUUAUUCCAUAUGACUUUAACAGAGUGCCACUUAAACAUGAACUGGAAAUGAGCAAAGAAAGUGAGCAUGACUCAGAUGAAUCAUCUGAUGAUGACAGUGACUCAGAGGAAACCAGCAAAUACAUCAAUGCCUCUUUUAUAAUGAGUUACUGGAAACCUGAAGUGAUGAUUGCUGCUCAGGGACCACUGAAAGAGACCAUUGGUGACUUUUGGCAGAUGAUAUUCCAAAGGAAAGUCAAAGUUAUUGUUAUGCUGACAGAGCUGACAAAUGGACAACAGGAAAACUGUGCCCAGUACUGGGGAGAAGGAAAGCAAAUAUAUGGAGAUGUAGAAGUUGAUAUGAAAGACACAAGCAGAUCUUCAGCUUAUACUGUCCGUAAAUUUGAACUGAGACAUGCCAAGAGGAAAGAUACCAGAACUGUGUAUCAGUAUCAAUAUAAUAACUGGAAUGUAGAUGAACUUCCUGUAGAACCCAAAGAAUUAAUCUCUAUGAUUCAGAGCCUCAAACAAAAACUUCAGAAGAAUUCCACUGAAGUGAAUAAGUAUCACAAGAAUGUGCCUCUCCUCAUUCACUGCAGAGAUGGAUCUCAGCAAACAGGAAUAUUUUGUGCCUUAUUUAAUCUCUUGGAAAGUGCAGAGACAGAAGAGGUGAUAGAUGUUUUUCAAGUAGUAAAAUCUCUACGCAAAGCUAGGCCAGGAAUGGUUUCCUCAUUUGAGCAAUACCAAUUCCUAUAUGACAUCAUUGCCAGCAUCUACCCUGCCCAAAAUGGACAAGUAAAGAAAGGCAACAACCAAGAAGAUAAAAUUGAAUUUGAUAAUGAAGUGGACAAAUCAAAGCAGGAUGUGAAUUCCAUUAGUCCUUCUGGUGCUCUUGAUAAGACCCAGGAAGGAAACAAAGAGGCUGAAGAUUCAGAACCCACAAGAGGUACCAAGGAACUAGAAUGUUCUGCCAAUGGUCCUGCGAGUCCAGCCUUAACCAAAAGUGCAUAG